GUAAAAAAGAAAAAUGACAGUACAGUACUAGACCUCAAAAGUUUAGAGAGCAAACAGGAAGAAUCAAAAGCUAAGAGACAUGAGCGAAGGAGGUCCAAAACUUUACUCCAAUAAACCUAAGAAAUCGCAGUUGAAGAAAACAAUGUCUUCUUUACCAACAGGAGGACCAAACCCACCACCACCACCACCAUCGGCAGCGGCAGGGGGAGCAGCAACAACAACUGCAUCAACAUCAGGAUCUUAUUCUGGGUUUCCACCUCAUAAGGAAUCGUUUGCUAGAAGAUAUAAGUUUGUUUGGCCUAUUCUCUUAACUGUGAAUCUUGGGAUUGGGGCAUACCUGUUUGUGAGGUCAGGACAAAAGAAAAGACUAGUUGCAGAGGACGAUGAAGUUGCCGCUUCUGCCCCCUCCAGCGCAACUUCAACUACAACUGCUCCAAUUUCUGAACAAUCCGUCACUGAGCCUGUGAAGCCUAUUGCACAGCCUGUGAAGCCACAGACUCCCAUCCCAGCUGAACAGCAGCGCGAGCUCUACAAAUGGAUUUUGGAAGAGAAGAGAAAAGUCAAACCCACAAGUGCAGAGGAGAAGAAAAAGCUUGAUGAAGAGAAAGCAGUACUCAAAGCGUUCAUCCGGUCAAAAACCAUUCCAAGCAUUUAAAGUUUGAAAUUGAAUAGUUCUUGUUCCACUAACUUGGAGAUUACUUAUUGUCCAGAUUACUAGACUUUCGUCUCUCUUUUCUCUGUCCCUGGUGUUUAUUUGUGAAUGAUUGUGGAUUUUCUUUUCUUCUGUGGGAUAUCGACUGUUACGCUUUUGUGAAUGAAAUUUGCCCCUUUCAAGAUUA